AUGGCAUCAGUUCGGUUGGCUGGCGUACUGCUGGCUGCUCUCCUGUGGGCCCACUGGGCCCCGGCCCAGGGCUUGGAAUUCUACAAGCGCGGCACUCUAGAGGAAGAUCAGCUUGAGGCAUUCAUCGCCCCCGCGUCUCCUUUAAUUAAAAACGAGCAAUGCCGAAUCGACAGUUUGCUGUAUCUCGCGCAUCUGAGGAAUUUCACUCUGUGGGCAGUAAAAAUGUUCGACGCCAGUGCAAAAGUCCCUGUGGGCCUCUUGGCCGGGUCCACAUUCCAAAUGGGCCAUUUCGACGAGUGCCUUCAAGUUGGGUCCGAAGAAGCACCAACGGAAGUUGUGCCUUUGACCGCACCUGUCAAAGCACAGUACUGCCUGGCGCGAAUCGUAAUUGAGCCUGAGCAUGAGACAUACCCUGGUUUCAACAGAAUCGACCGUCCGCACGCUUUCAGUUUGCAGUAUGACCCCCGAGCUUCUGCUUGGGAAAAGUUUAUGAUCCCAUUUGACCCAUCGAAAAAGCCGCGCAACUCUUUCCACUGGGCGACGUGCAUCCCGUCCAGUUGUUCUGCCGCCGACUUGCAGACGUCUCUUGAUGCCGCCCUGCAACCAUUACGCAAAAGACACGCCGUCAGCUUGAAAGUGGCCGUCGACGAUCAGCUUUGCACCCUGGCUGGUCACGAACCCUUCCACACUAGUGACUUUGUAGUCAUGCAACGAUACCGAAAAAUUGAGGAUAUGGUCCUUUUGAAUGGAACUCUCCUUGUGGACACCUUCUUUGUUCUCAGCGGCUUCCUGACUUGCUUUGGAAUUUUGUUGGAAGUUCACAAGAAAAAGAAUAUCAGUGUCCCAAUGCUUUACCUUUACCGCUGGAUGAGAUUGACACCCGUGUACAUGAUGGUUGUAGCGUUUUACGCCACCUUAUUAAACAAAGUAGACUCAGGGCCGAUCUGGAAAGCAAGGGUUGGUCUCGAGAAGGAACGAUGCGUUGACAACUGGUGGACUAAUUUGCUCUACAUUAACAACUACGUAAACGCGGAACGAUUGUGUAUGUUCCAAUCCUGGUACAUAGCAUGCGACAUGCACUACUUCUUGAUCGCGCCUUUGAUCGUCAUCCCUCUGUACAAGAAGCCGAAACUAGGAUUGGCUCUGCUGGGUGGCGUGAUUUCUCUCGCCAUCGUCAUUCCCUUUGCGGUAACUUUCAUUGGCGAGUAUAUCGGUGUUCUCCGCGUUUAUAUGAGCUUGCUGGAAGAUCCACCUUCUAACAAGAACUACUUCGCAGUCUACAUGAAGAGUCACAAUCGCGCGGCGCCUUAUUUCAUAGGCAUGGCUGCUGCUUAUUUGUAUGGAAUCCUGAAGCUGUCUGAUAUCAAAAUUCCAAAGAAAAUUAUGUGGAUCUGCUCUCUUGUGGCCACAGUGCUCGGAUUGUCGUCUAUGUUUGGUGCGUGGGUGUUUUAUAUACCCGGCAGAGAAUAUUUCGCUUUUGAAAACGCGGCAUACGCUUCUCUGCACCGCGUCGGCUGGGCACUGACCGUCGCUUGGGUCAUCGUUGGUGGAUGCACAACGCGAUUUGGAAUCCUGCAACCCUUGCUGCAAAUUCACGCCUUCUUGCCUCUCAGCCGACUGACCUACUGCGCCUUUCUAACGCACGGCGCGGUGCAAUUGUAUACGCUCGCAACUCUACGCCAGCCCGAGUUCAUGAGUUUCCCAAAAUUGUUCUGGAUGGCCUCUGGCGACAUCACCAUUUCCUUCAUUAUCGCAUUAUUUGUUCACCUGUUCUUUGAAGCACCACUAGGCGGAAUUCAAAAAAUGCUCCUCAAAAAAAAAGCGAGCAACAGACAAAGAAAUAAUGGACGAGCGCCCAUAAGAGAACACACUGUAAAUGAGCAACCACCACUCUCACUAGUAGCCACCCCACCAUCAGAGGACGAAGUUAGAGAUAAUGUAGAGAUUUGCGCCACAGAUAGCGGUGAAAAUAAUACAGUAGAAGCUUCCACAACUGGAAAUACAAUUGAUGACGUCCCAGUACUUAUAGAGCAGACUACUGUGUAG